AUGGAUGCUGACGGCUGCAAGAUCUCGCGCCUGCCGGCGGAGCUCCUCGCGUCGAUCGUCUCCCUCACGUCGCCGCCUGACGCGGGACGCUGUGCCGCCGUCUCCCGGGCCUUCCUUGCGGCGGCGGACUCCGACGCCGUCUGGUCCUGCUUCCUGCCCCGCGACCUCCCACAGCUCGCUAAAAGCGUGCUCCGCCGCGCGCCGCCGUCCGAGAACAAGAAGGGCUUGUUCCGACGCCUCUCCGACCAACCGGCGCUCCUCCCAGGCAAGCUCGUGAGCAUGCGGCUGGACAGGGCUACAGGCGCCAAGUGCUACAUGCUUUCGGCAAGGGCGCUCAAUAUUUCGAAGGGCGAGAACCGGUCAUGCUGGGAAUGGAUCGACCUCUGUUAUGAUGAGAUCCAAGGAAACACGAGGUUCAAAGUCGUUUCAAUGGAUGACGUCAUGGUCCCUCGGAAAAGGGCCAACGACUGGAUGGAGGUCGAGCUGGGCGAGUUCUACAAUGGGGAAGCCUGCGACGGUGAGGUGUCUGUGAGCCUAAAGGAGACUGAAGGAGGAGUUUUCAAAAUUGGUCUUGUUGUGUGGGGUAUCGAGAUUAGAACUAAACAAUGA